UUUCCACGACAGGAAGAGGGGUCUCGCACUCUAUCGCUGCAGUAUUGUCUAAAAAGAACAGUUAUAACAUUGAUAACUGGUUGGUUUUCAAACAGACUCUCCCUUAGCUCGCCAUGGCUCUGUGCGGGGGUGUCGGAGCCAUGGCUUUGCCCAGCGAGCUUAUUGUCCACAUAUUCUCCUUUCUGUCCGACCGAGACAAGCUCCGGGCCUCGGCCGUGUGUUCGCGGUGGAGGGAGUGUCUCUUCUACCCCGCUCUGUGGACCGAGCUCAAACUGCGGAUAGGUGGCGGUUGUAACGGCAGCGGGUCCAGCACCGACGAAACCCUGAAGCUAGAGUUUCUCAUGCGAAAGUUUGGCUCUUUUGUGCGGGAGCUGCAGAUGGAAUUAGCACCAGUCGAAGGCAACCUUAGCCCAUUGAACAGCGACCCGUCGUCCGCCAGGAUGGACCAGCCUCCCGGUCCUGACAGUGACCCGCAGCUCUCGGAGCGUUGGAGAGACGCCAUGGCCACCUAUUUGGACCAGGUGUUGUGCGUGUUCACCAGCAUCCGAAACAAUAGAAACCUACAGAAGCUGAGUCUAUAUGGGGACACCUUUAUUCUCCAACAGGAGGGUCUGUUAGACAGCUCCAAUCUGCAUCAGAUUCAUCAGGGGGACAAAAAGAUCAACGAAAUCCAGCAGUUGUUCAUGGAGUUGUUGUCUAACAGCAGGCAGCUGCGGUGGUUGUCCUGUAGCUUCAUGCUGGGUCUGGUGACUCCCUGUUCCUUAACCUGCCUGUCAAAUCCUUCAGCUGAAACCCUGCAGCAUCUCAGCUUACUGGACCAUCAGCUGGGUCCCCUCAUCUCACCAUCAGAGUUGGAUCGUCUCUCUAACCUUCAUUCGCUGGCUCUGGAUUUUUCCGACUUGACAUCUGAGCUUUGUGGUUUGCUGGCAUCUCCACGUCGAACUCCACUCCAUCGCCUCUCCCUGCUGCUCAAUGGCGCCGCCCUGGAGUUCAAACCAUUAGAAGGAACAGCUACAGACGAUGACUGGAAGGCACUGGUUCGUGUGAGUGCCAACCUGCGAGUCUACAUCAUGGCUCUGGAGGUGGACAGCUCUGAGCUUCUCAGGGUUUUAAAGCCGAGCCUUCCCCUGGAGCGUCUUCACCUCGACAGUUACAGCACGCUAGUGACGGAUGCCACUCUGGAGCUCAUCUCUCAGCAGUACAACAAAACGCUGACUCACUUUCUACUUCUGAGGGAUGGUCCUGACUUUCCUGACCUCAGUGUCAAUCGCAAUGAAGAUCCUUUGGUCCUUUUGGUGUGGAGAUGUACUCAGCUGACUGUACUAGUGAUACAUGGUUACACUGUGUGGUCCCAUAACCUGGUGGCCAUCUCCAGACUACGGGGCUCCAAUCUUCGUGUGCUUACAGUCUCAGAGGAGAGCAUCGACUUUGAUCCAGACCAGUCCUUGUACGUGGAGGGAGACCCAGUCCAUAACCUAGUCAAAGAAGUUUCACUGGGCCUUGGUCGUGUCUGGCACCCUUGCCUGGAUUCCAGUGUGGUUUUGUCCGAACCCACCCAACACUUCCACCGCGAGCUGCACGCCUUCAGCAUGGGCAUGUAGGCAAGACACGGCAAAGCCAACACAUCACAGCCGAAACUGGGCCAAGACCAGGCCGGACCAGCCAUGACCAGGUCAAGUCAGACCUCUCAAUCAAACCAAAAGCAGAUUAAAGUGAAACAAUCCAGAGAAUAUGAACAUAUCAGUUUUUAUUUGAUUUUUAUUAUUUGCCAUUACUUUCCACCAGCUUCUAGCACACAAUCAAGUUCUAUUCUUUCCUAGCGGAUGUGAUGUUCUCAUGCUUUAUGUCUUGAUUAUCUAGUUUGCCAGUUAAUUGAAAAAAACAAAUUCAACUUUUGGCGUUUUUCUUUGAAAAGAUUGACUUGCAACUCAGAUUAUUCUGUUUAAAACAAAGACAGAUAUUCUAAUUAAGAAGUGAUGUUCAUUCAGUUUGAAGGAAUAUCAUUCUGUGAUCACCUGGCAACACUUUAAAGACGUUAAUUUGAUAAAAUACUCAUCCUGCUACUUUGAACACCCAUUUUGCCUGGUCUGGUCUGGUCUUGCCCACAAGUGCUAGGCACUCUCUCUCCAUCACCUUAAUAACCUCCAGAGCCUCUGUAUAAUGUAACUUUGAUUUGUCUUGUUUUUCUUUCCCUUUUUUUCUUUUUAAUCUCACCGUUUUCCAUUUCUCCCUCUGUGUAUUUUCUAGUUUUUUCCUGCGUGGUGGAACCCUUGCCUGUAUAGGCUUUGUGUGUAUUUAAAUACAGAUAUAUUAUUAUCCUGCUCAAAGCUGGAACAGACAGGCAGGCGGGUUGAUGGACCAGUGGGAUUAAUGAGGGGAUGCGUGUUCAGGCACAAGCUGUUAGGUUUUUUUUUUUUUCUGUUUUUGUUUUGUUUUUCACCAUUUUAUUUGAUUUAUUUUUACCUUUUGCUCUGUGCCGGUGUGUCUGCUCCACUCUAGCUAAAGUUGGAGUGUGUAAACUAACCGAUCAACAACUUCCUGGGUAACGCAACCAUAGCUGCUUAUUUUGUUCUUCUGAAAGAGCACCUUGUGCAUCUCUCCAUUGCUUAGAGAACCUUGAAGCAGGGUGGGAAGCUCCACAGAUAAACGGUGAUCUGUGGCUCUUCUGUUUAUCAGCAAUGGACAUGUCAGUGUCAUGACUGAUAACUGUAAAAAAAAAAAAAAGAAACAGUGGCAUUUCAUGGCCAGAAUGCUUUAUAAAGGUUUCUGAGCAUCUUACUGAUUCUUUAAUGGAGAAUAUUGUUACAUGCUUCCAGCCAAUGCGCUUCCCACCCUGCUCACUUUUUGGGGAACUCCACCAGCUAGCUCAAGAGCAAGUUUUUUUGUCUUUUGACUGAUAUUCAGAGCCAAACUAUAAAACUCAGCAGGUGACAAAACAACACAACAAUACUGUGUUCUGUUUUGAUCUGCAGUACACUGGUUGUAAGACCUUUCUUCUUUUUUUCCCCCCAAUAUUCCUGAUGAAGAUAUCUGCCUUUCUGGUUUGUAUUAUUGGAGUCAGAGCCGUUUUGCAGUUUGGUAUCCAUAUGGCAGUUUUAAUAACAUGCUGAGAUGGAGGCAUCAGAAGGACUUUUAAGAUCUAACAUCUUAGUCUUUCAUUAUCCUAGAAAGAAGAGGCUGUUUCAUUCCAUAAUGCCAUAUGAAACUCUGUUUUGAGAAAUAUCCUUAUACCUACCUUCAAAUACAUGUUGAGGUUGUGCUAAAUUAUCAGUAUUCUGUAAGUGCAGCUCUCUUAAGAUGGCAGAUACAAGACAUUCCAGCAGUACUGUAAGUAGGAACCAGUUUAUUUUGAGGUAGAACAUUUAAUAAUUAUGAAUGAGGACAAGAAAAAGAUGCAUUGAAUGUAACUAACAUUUCUCAGCUUGGUGUUCUACAUUAAAGGCUUACUGUACCGCUGUAUUUGCCACAGAAAUUUGGCAGGGCCAUAUCUUGCCAGGGUUGCUAAAUAAUUGAGUUUGGACAUUGUAAGUUCUACUCACAGCCAAGACUGCUUAGUUUCUUUUUUGUAUUUUUGUCUUUGGCACCUAUAGCACAAUAAGGUUUCAGGUCGUGUGGCUCAUCUCUGGCUAAAUGUCUCAGGUAGGCUGUUAACAUCACUAUGACCAAGACAGUGGUGGUGAUGAUGUUUGGUAGGAUGUGUGAAACAAUCAGUUCAUUUGUUUUUUUUUUCUUUUGAGUCACAGUUGCCUUGGAAACAGCCCCUCUUUUCCAGAUACAAUUGUUGUUGUUUAUCUUGCCAUCGGAUAAACCCUCUCUCCGCUUCAGUUGGAGGGUCAGCAAACUUAAUCGUACAUUUGUUUUCAAAGAUUAAGGUUGAUAAAGACUACAGAAUGGCAAAACCUAGCUGCUUAUUGCACAUGUUUGUAUCUGUGCUGUCAAUAGAGGACCUGCCGGGCCUAAGAAAUGUCUGCGCUGAUGGGAUGAUGUCUGUCUGGCAUGGUGGAUCUCAUUCCCUGAUAUUUGUUCAGAGUCCUGACAUGUUCAUGGCUCAUUGCUGGCAUCGCCCCGGGCAAAUAUGAGCAUCAUUACUUGCUUACUGUGCCCAGUGUUAUAACAGGUGAAGAUCCAGUGUUUUGACAGCUGCUGCACUCUGUUGUCUUAUGAAGGAAUUUCCUGAGCAUUUCCUGAGAAUUUGGGGUUUAACAGGAAAAUUAAAGGUAGUUGACUUGAAGGUGCCUGGUUUUUCUGUCAGAAAAAUUACCAUCUUAGGUGGCUUCAGCUCAUUCUUAGAUGUCAGGAGGGUGGCACUGUAGACUUUGAAGGUCCACAUUAAGGUGUGUAGUUUACAAGGUUGACUUGAGAUUGUUUUCUUUUUCCCCUGAUAUGGACUUAUUUUCAUAGUCACCCAGCACUUUACUAGCUUCAGAAUGAAUUGGUCCAAGUGAUGGACCUGUGGUUACCAAAUGUUUGCUCUCCAGUUAAGGGACCUUGAUGGGUUAGCCAUGAUAAUCUGUGGAGUCCUUGAUUUAUAUCUCAGGAUAAAUGCACUUUGGUACCAAGAGUUUCUUUUAAAGGCUUUCUCUGGCUAUUUUUAACAGCCAGAAGGGAACGAAAUACCAACAUAAUGCGUUCAGACCAAAACAUGUUGGUUUUGUCUUAUCUUCCUCUCUUCUAUUCUCCCUUCUCUUUGUAAGAGCUCAGCUUUCUUCCGCUAAACAUCAGCUGGGUGAGGCAGAAAUAUCAGAAAGUUUUUUAAGUUGAAUGUAAGGUUAAACUAAAUCUGAUCUCAGCUAGUAAAGAUUUUUCUUUCCCUAAACAAAGUGAUUUUUAAAAUCUGAUUUUACUAGCAGCACUCCCACUUCCCCAUUUAUUUAAUGUCUUUUCAAAUCUUUCCACACUGAAAGUUGGAUUUUUGCUGUCUGGGGAGUCUGUUUGCCCUUGUGGGCAAGAGUUUCUGUAGUUUUCACCGGAUAUAGGCAGCUGGAGCCGAAGAACAGUUUGAUUUAGGUGUAAUAUUCCCAGUCACUUUUUUUUUUUUAUAGGUUUCCUUUUCAGACAGCAAUGACAAUAUAUUACCGAUAUAAAGGCUCUUGGACAAUUUAUUUAUCGAAAGUGAAUGUAUUGAUAUUUUGUGAGACAUAUUUAAGAAAUAUUGAUGCCAUGAAACUGGAAAUGAAUACAAAACAUUACCCAAAAAUAUCUAAAUCAGGGUGGCAUAUACAGAUUUAAACCUUUGCUUGGUAAAGCUGCUCCAAUAAUCCAAUUCCUUCGCAGAUUUUCCAAAUUUUGAGACAAACAAUUACAGCGCUGCAAAGUAUUUUGAAAACAACAAUCUGAAGAGAAUGGCCGCCUGUCCCUGAUUCUCACAUGCCAGUGACAAAGGCUAAAAAUGGAGCCACCUUGUAUCUAAAAGCUUAUGGAGUCUCACUGCUUUCUAAACCGGUCUAAAUAAGUCGGUGGCUUUGUGUUAGGUGUUAAUUGUUGCUGUUGUUAGUUCACUCUUUAGGGAAGCUGUGUUACAAGCUACAGUGGUUAGAGUUUCCGCACUAGUGUUUUAGUUUUUCUUGGAGUGUGCCUGUAUUUCUUUUGCAUAAGUUUUCAUGUAUAACCAGUAGAAAUGUUUGAAUAUGAUGUGUGCGUGAAUAGGUUGUCAGCCGUCAUUUACUUUGUGCAUGCCUGAAAGAGUGUGUGUAUGUAUAUUUGAGAGGAGCUUGCUCAUGUUCAGCAGUGUAUCAGUUCUGCAUGAAACCGGAACAGAAAUCCUUUUGCUCUCAGGGUACAGUUGGGUUUUCAAAAAGGAGGAGGAUGUAAAGUAACAAUAGCUCAGGCCUCUAGCUCACAUAUGUGAAUAUUAGGAGUCACUGGAUCUGUUCUUCCCCCUUGAUGUGUUUCUAAGCUGCCAAAGACCACAGUGGAACAAACUUAACCCAGACUCGAGUCGAACUGAAGUGCCCGUCUACACUCACACAGUAUAGUUUUCUCCUCCUCACAUUAUGUUUGUCAUAUGCUUUUCCUCCCAGUUUCAUCCACUGAUCUAACUACUCAUGCCAAGUUUUUGUAUCUCCAAAUCUUUGUCCUUGUUAUUCUUUGGACCACAUUCUCCUGGACCUUGUAACAUGUCAGCUGUCUCAUCUCGUGGUUGAAGUAUAUAGACCAAAGCAGACCUGUAAACUCAAGUUUGGCCAGUCUUGUUCUAGUGACUGUACCCUGUUUGUAGAAAUAUAAGAAUCUAUGUUUUGGAUGGCAUUACUAGACAUUUAUUUCCAACACAAGGGUUAGCGACAUUGUUGCACAUCUCGUACAGUGUGGCUGAAUUCUUACCUCUGAACGACUCUCAGGGUCUGCAGUGUGUGUUGCUGAGACGUCAUAGAUCAAAGCCAUGCUGUCAAGUCCAGCGCUGUACAGUUGCAUAAGUGUGACAGGAGCUUAAAUCAGAGAUCCCCACCAUUUUUCGCCCUUUUUCUCUUUCCUGUCAAUCACCUGUUUCACUGUGAGGAGCGAGUAAAUGUAAAAUUAAAGGAGGACAAAGAGAACACCUCAAGGACUGAACACCCCCUACAGACGCUUGCAGACGUUCUCUGCAAGACGGGGUAGAAUCCUGGCCACAAGGCAGGCCUGUGUGCCUGAUGUAAUGUAUUUUUAUUUGAUGGGAAGCACUUACUCCUGGGUUUUGGAGCUGUCAAGUUAUUUGCUGCUAGGAACGGGACAUUCCACACUGGGAGAGGAGGGUCACUAAGGCCGUCUGACUAGCAAACCGUUUACUACAUGGCUAUAACGUGUGCAUGAAAGCUAAUCUUUUAUUUAUAUAUAUAUAUAUAUAUAUAUAUAUAUAUAUAUAUAUAUAUAUAUAUGAUGUAAUGUAAUUUUUUUAAAUAGUCUGAUUGUGAAGAGAUUGAGUUUGCAGCUUGUUACACCAGAUUAGCAGCUGGUCUGAGUAGAACGGAGGUGUUAUACCAUUCGGAAGUGAUUGCUCAGAGCUCAGCUAUGUUUCUAAUGUGUUGUUUCUGCAAAGCCAUGCUUCAGGCUGGUUUAGGGGCCUUUUUGUGUCCGGUACACAAAAAAGUCACAAAUGUAAACAACUUUCUGUGACUGUGCUAAAAAUGAGGACUACAGUAACGAGUCUUCAUCAAAUUAGUUGGUUUCAUGUGUUGAAGCUGCCUGGCAGGUCAACAUCAUGUUACAUCAAGAGGAAGUUAGUGAGCAUAGAAGUAAUUUUCACUGUGGUUACACAGGCGCUUGAGCUGGGCUAAUUUGACUUUGUGAUAUUGUGUAAACACAAGGAGACACACAGCAAGCAGAGCCUUAUAUUACUAAUGAGCCCAGCUAUAAAAUGGCAACUGAGGCUCCAGAGGGGAGACGUGGUGUCAGUUUUUCAGGAGACCCUUACCAGCAGUUGCUGUAUUGUGGUUGCAGCCAGCUCAAUCUGACUUUUUUCUGUUCAUGUACAUUUAUAGAGUAAUCCUGGAAGAUAUCAUGGCUCCUCUGGCCUGAUGAGUAAUUAAAUCCUCAAAGGUGGUCUCUAAUUCAGUCCACCUGAGACUAGUCCGUUGAUCUUAACAUAUUACAGCUGUUGUAUUGGCCAUUUUUUUUAAUAUACAAGGGGUCCAUGUGUCUGAUAAAGCCCACAUAACAAAGGGUUUGACGGCUGAGUGCUAGUACCUGACAGCUAAUCUUGAAUCCAUUGACAUGGGCAGUGGUGUGUGUGUUAUUUUAGUACCAAAGCAGCAGACUUGUCACAUCUGCAUCAGCCUGAACGCAGGCUCUGAGCCACAGCCAGACACUCGUCAAAUGUCACCAGUCCAGUUUCCACCUCAACCACCUAGAUGCCAACUUGAGAGUUUGUAAUGUUGAUUUUGAGGGUGUUCUGGAAAAUAAAACUAGCAUCUAAGAAAAAGAGAUAGUUUGAUUUUUCUGGCCCAUACCCUUCUCUAAAAGGCAUUUAGGGAAAGUAAACUGUUUCUGAAAGGAUUUGUGAAGGACAGGGGUUUUUAUCAUCAAAACAUUUUGUUUUCUCUCUAAAUUCUACAGCCAUAAACAACCAGUACAUGGAAGACUGAAUGAGCUCACAGAGGGCUGGACUUAAUGCAGGAAUGUGACAAAUCUGAUUAACAUCCUGAUGUGUCUCAGUAAUUUGGAAAAAAAAACACUGGACAUGCAUUUCACUGGUAUAAAAUCAGUAAAAUCAGUGGUGUGUAACAGAUGUAGACAUAUUUGUAGGAGUUUUUUUGUGAUUGGUAGCCAGACACAGAGGAAGGAAGUUAGCAGAUAGCCUCGCUGAGAGGAAGUUUGGAUACUCCAGUUUUCAGUGCCAGAUAUAGCUGACACUAAAAUCAGUUUCCUGCAGUUUUAUGAUGAAGAACUCGACAAAAGUGCAUUGUUUACGGUAUUAUUGUAUACCUGCUGCUCUGUAGUUCUAGAAAAAGAAACCAUACAAUGGCACUCUAAUCAUAAAACCUGGCCAAAUUAUGCCAGCAUAUUUGAUGCAUACAGAUAUAUCAAGGAACUGAUAGAUAUUCAUGCUCUGUAGCAGCCAACUAUCUUCAUUUAGAUUUCAGCUACUGUGGCUCUGACAUUUCUGGCUGUUAAACAAAGUCUUUCUUGUCAGGUCUAGAGAGCCAAACCUCCUAAUUAGCCAGGCAGGCAGGCCUGCUGCCCAGUCCAGCCUCACAACUAUGCAAGAGGAAUGCAUAUAAUCCAAACUUUGAUUAUCUUCUGUUUUUAUAUUUGCUUUUUCCUUUUCUCACUGUCACACAGUAGAAAUGAAGGUAUAAACUAAUAAGAACUUGCAGUGACAAUACUUGGCCUUAUGAUGAUUUGUGAAAUCUUAUCAUUUAGUUUUAAGAUCUUUUGAUUCUGGUCAGCCAGCCCAGCAACAGCAGCAGUGACGGCGGGCUCACUCUUGGUCUCUGUGAGACUGGCUAGAUGGCCCCAGUUUUAUCGUGGUACGAAUGUUGUGCAUUUGUUUAAAAUCAGGACAGUUUGCAAUAACAGCAGUCUUACUAGUGGCCACAAAGGGGCACAAGCAGUGCUGACAGCGCCUGGCUGCGUCUUUAGAAAACCAUAGAGGAAGAGAUAUAAACUAUAUAAAUAAAUAUAUAGAUAUAUAUAUAAACUCACACAGUGCAUAUUUGUAUAGGUAUCAACAAUUCAUUACCAUCAUAUACUCUUAUGCAACACAUGUCCAGGUUCAAUUUAUGAACAUGAAGUGUAAUACAAAAUCACACAGACUUUGUAAAUCAGAUGCUACAUUAUUGUGUUUUGUUUUUUUUGUUUUGUUUUUUCUUUUUGCAGAAACGGUUUAACCAUCCUAAAUUGUUGAAUAUUCUGAGUGUAAUGUUCCUGUGUGACCGUGUUUCUAAAGUGAGCACACAGCACUGGGUUUUACCUUCCUUCUGUAAGCAGGAAACCAGACUUUACCCAAAACACACCUGGACAGAUUUCAUAUACCAUGGAGCGUAUUUAAAAAACAACUUUAAAAUCUGAUCUUUUAAGAUCAUGCUUCAUUUUAAAUGUCCUGAACUAUAUCGGCAAGUUUCAGACAGAACAAGUUGUGGUUCUGAUGGAGGACUGGUUUCUCAACAGUGAGGAUUAUGACUUGUUAAGACUAAGCAAAGCAGAGCUCUACCCUGAAGACUCUACUAGUAUUAAAUGAAGAUAUUUUAGCUGAGAAUUUAUAUAACAUCUGAUGCAGUUUUAAACUUAUUUGAAAUCUUUCCAGCUGUUUUUUUGGUGUAGUCUGAAGGGAAAGAGCCCACUCCAGCUAAGAGGACAGAUUUUAAUUGGGAACAGUGUUGAUUCGUGGUUCUGUUGUCAAGUAAAGGUGGGAGGCACAUUGCAAACCUCCAUAGAAAAACCUCUGAACUGACAGAUGGCAUACACUUGAGGGGUCAACCUGCCGUAAAAUGAUUUGAAUUGAUGUUGAAUGAAUGCUUCUCUUCUUUUAGUCAGUGAAUAAAAACAUUAAAAAGUUA